GACAUUACAUAGCGCACAUUAACAACCUACAUGUUCCACUGCAAGUAAGUAGUUGACCAAUUUGCGGCGUUCCGGCGGUGGAGUAAAGUGAAAACGAGAGAACACUAGCCACCGACAUUUUAAAAUUACAUCACCAAUGGCCAUAACCGCCACCAUUUCAGUCUCUAUUACAACACCCACUCGCCGCUCUCUUUCCUCCAUCAAUUCCAUUCUCCCUUCUUCCCGAUCCAUUUCUGCCACACCACAACCCACUUUCAAAUACCCCAAUUCCCGCCUCGUUGCACUUGCUUCCUCCAUGAAAACUGAAACUCCCAUUAAAACAACAACCUCCACUUCAUUCCUUCACCAUAAGGAAUCUGGUUUUCUCCAUUUCGCUAAGUAUCACGGUCUCGGAAACGACUUCGUUUUGAUUGAUAAUAGAGACUCUUCUGAGCCAAAGAUUAGUUCAGAGAAAGCUGUACAACUAUGUGAUCGUAACUUUGGUGUUGGUGCUGAUGGAGUUAUCUUUGUAUUGCCUGGUAUCGAUGGUACUGAUUAUACAAUGAGGAUUUUCAACUCUGAUGGUAGUGAGCCUGAGAUGUGUGGCAAUGGAGUGCGAUGCUUUGCCAAAUUUGUUUCUCAGCUUGAGAGUUUACAUGGGAGGCACAGUUUCACCAUACACACUGGUGCUGGGAAGAUUGUUCCUGAAGUCUUGGGGGAUGGAAAUGUCAGAGUUGAUAUGGGGGAACCGGUUCUUAAAGCAUCAGAUGUGCCUACUAAAUUAUCUCCAAAUAAGGAUCAUGCUGUUGUUAAAUCAGAGAUAGAUGUUGAUGGAAGUAUCUGGAAUGUGACUUGUGUUAGCAUGGGAAAUCCACACUGUGUAACCUUCAGCAAUAAAGGAAGUCAGAAUUUGCUUGUUGAUGAAUUGAAGCUAGCAGAAAUUGGCCCAAAAUUUGAACAUCACGAGGUGUUCCCUGCACGAACUAACACAGAGUUUGUGCAAGUUCUUUCUAAUUCUCACCUGAAGAUGCGUGUUUGGGAGCGUGGUGCAGGAGCAACUCUUGCCUGUGGAACUGGAGCUUGUGCUGUAGUUGUUGCAGCAGUUCUUGAGGGUCGUGCUGGGCGAGACUGCACGGUUGAUCUACCUGGAGGGCCUCUUCAGAUUGAAUGGAAGGAUGAAGAUAAUCAUGUCUAUAUGACAGGUUCUGCAGAACUAGUGUAUUAUGGCUCUUUGCCCCUUUGAAAUACAGCCCCUAAAUUAUUGUUAAACCCAAUACUUCGGGGAGUUAUGAAUUGCUGAAUUAUAAAUGUAAAACAGGUGUACUUUUAUAUUUUAGUUCAUGUUUUCACCAUGAAUUCAUUGUCUUCCAUUUAUAAAUAGAUACACGUAGUUAU